AUGACCUCAUCGUCGGAGGGUGAGAUCCUGCAGGUCAGCCAGGUCAUCCGCGAUAGAUGGAAAGUGAAAUCAAAAGUGGGCGGCGGCGGCUUCGGCGAGAUCUACGAGGCCACCGAUUUGCAGAACCACAACGAGCGGGUGGCGAUCAAGGUCGAGUCGUCCAAGGCGACGAAGCAGGUGCUCAAGAUGGAGGUGGCCGUGCUCAGACGGUUACAGGGCAAAAAACACGCGUGCAAAUUCUACGGGUGCGGCCGCAACGACAAGUUCAACUACCUCGUCAUGAGCCUACAGGGUAAAAAUCUGGCCGAUUUGCGGCGUGAGGCACCGAAGCAGUGCUUUUCCCUCUCCACAGCCGUUAGAGUGGCAAUCCAAAUCCUGACAGCCAUCCGGGAGAUCCACUCCAUCGGCUUCUUGCACCGUGACAUCAAGCCGUCGAACUUUGCGAUGGGCCGAACCACGGUGACGAUGCGCAGCGUGUACAUGCUCGAUUUCGGGUUGGCACGUCAGUAUUUGAAUGCCAAGGGAGAGAUCAGAAGUCCCCGCUCGGCUGCCGGCUUCCGAGGAACCGUACGUUACGCCGCGGUUUCUGCUCAUAAAAAUAAGGAAAUGGGGCGCCAGGACGAUCUCUGGUCCCUCUUCUACAUGCUCACCGAAUUCCUGGAGGGCCAGCUGCCGUGGCGAAAGAUCAAGGAUAAGGACGAGGUCGGCCGCAUGAAGGAAAAUGUGGACCUGGUGAUUCUGUUAGAAGAAUGCCCGGAGGAGCUGCACGAUUUUGCUGCCCAUUUAAAGACCCUCGGCUACCCGGACACGCCCGAUUACGAGUACCUGGAGCGGUUGUUGACGCAAAUUAUGGUCAAAAACGAAAUAAAUUGGGACGACCCGUACGACUGGGAGCUGGGCUAUGAAAAUCUGACCGGGCGCUCCAAGCAGAAUGGCAACUCUUCCCGGCUGAAAUCUCAUACCACAGCCGUGAUUCGCGACAGAUUUGAGGAGCGCAACAAAAAUCUCGACACCCAGGCGCCAAUUACGAUGGGCGAGGACGAGGAUGAGCAGACGAACGGACAGUGCCCUAACAUCCACCCGCUCGGCCAGGACUCGCAGCAAACCCAGGAGAAACCCAAGUACAAGCGCCACGAAUUCAUGAAGCCAAAAUGCGGGACGGCCGUCAACUUGGACGUGUUCGACGCGGUGAACGCGAGAUUGGCAGCCGCCGAUGAUGGAUUUGCGAAUCAUGACGUCGAGGCGAAUUUCAACCUGCCGUGCUCGAUGCUGAACAGACCGCACGUCGUCGAGACGUCCACCAGCAUCAAGCGGCCGCCCACCGUGAAAACGGUGAUCCAAACGCAAAACAGCGUCGACGGCAAGCAGCAGAAAAGCCAGAAAAGCAUCACGCUCUCGAUCAACAGCCGCUACAAGAAGAAGAUCAACGGGCUGACGACGGUCGACACCUAUGCACAGGCGGACGACGUGAGCGCGACGAACCAGCGCUCCGGGAAUACCGUACUCAGCCGGUGGCAUGGCUCAUUCGACGAAUCGGCAGACGUGCAACCCCUCGACGAUAUUCCCCCGGAUUCGAGCAAUGCGAGGCGGAUAAACGGCUUUGGCAUUGAAACCUUUUUUUCAGCCCGAGCCUCAACGAACAUCCUCUCGCCUCCGCGAUCCGACUCGAACGUCACCUGUUCUCAAAUGGUCACCUCAUCCUCCCCAUCGGCCAAUCUGGCUCUGGCCUCUCCGAUGCUCAACAGAAGGCAUCAACCACGACAGGAAGAAAAGCAGCUAAACGGCAGCGCGAAUCAGCGAACCCAUUCGGUCGGUGCCCCAUCGACAAGCCUGCUUGGCCACUUCAAAAAUUUUGUUUCGUCGUUCAACCAGUUCGGCCACUCCUCCUCGCCGCGGAUGUCGCGCGGGAUGUCGAUGGAACAGGCGCGCCCCCAACAAGUCGACGGCGCCCGCGACUGCCAGACGAGCUACGGCAUUCGCAAUUCCACUUCCGGCGGUCUCCGAAUUUCCCCAGCCGUCACCACAACACGAAUCGUGGCAAGCCGCCACGAGCUGGCCGAAAACUCGCCGCCACCCUCGCCCAAGCCGCACAACAUCGUCCAGAAGACGUCCGUUGUCCAUAGUACGCCUCCAAUCGUGAAGAUGCGCGACAACGGGAUGGACGAGGAUUUCCGGUUGCCGAUGGAGGACAACAAGCCAAUACUAUUCUGCAGAAGAAAGCGGUACACGUUCCUCAACUUCCCAAGGACUUCAUCGAAAUCA